GGCCCGGAGUUACUACUCAUUGAGACAAAACUCCGAGAAUAUAAUCUAAUCUACGAGUGACUCAAAUCAAACAACUGUCCCAACCCCACUGCACAAUAAAUAAAGACAGAAAGAGGAAGCAGCGCGAGCAACGCCACAUUUUCAUCCAGUUUAAAAUUUCAACUUCAUUCAUCAUCUAAAUCUAAAUCUUAUAAUUCCAUUCUAGCUAGGGUUCCAAUCCAAAAUCAAACCCUUCCUCAUCAAAUGCAAAAUCAUUUAUAAAUGUACACCUCCAGCAAUUUGAUUGGCUUCAUCUUGGCCGUUGUUUCUGGCGCUUUCAUCGGCUCCAGCUUCAUCAUCAAGAAAAAAGGUCUCCAACGUGCCGGUCUUAACGGCACUCCUGCUAGCGUCGGAGGCUAUGGCUAUCUUCUUCAACCUCUUUGGUGGAUCGGCAUGGUUACUAUGAUUGUUGGAGAAAUUGCGAAUUUUGUAGCAUACAUUUAUGCGCCGGCGGUUCUUGUUACUCCACUUGGUGCUUUGAGUAUUAUCGUUAGUGCUGUAUUGGCUCAUUUCAUGUUGGGUGAGAAGUUACAGAAAAUGGGCAUGCUUGGGUGUCUUCUAUGCAUUGUUGGGUCCACUGAGAUCGUGCUCCAUGCACCCCAAGAAAAGUCUCUUACUUCUGUGCUAGAAAUAUGGCUUUUGGCUGUUCAACCAGCAUUUCUCUUGUACACAGCCUCGGCAAUAGCUGUGGCGUUCUUUUUGAUUUUAUAUUGUGCACCUCGCUAUGGCCAAACUAAUAUCUUCGUUUACAUUGGAAUAUGCUCCAUAAUUGGAUCAUUGACUGUCAUGAGUGUAAAAGCAAUUGGCAUUGCUAUUAAACUUACAUUAGAUGGUGCAAACCAGUUUGUUUACUUUCAGACAUGGAUUUUUACAAUGGUUGCCAUUUCCUGCAUCAUUACCAGUUUAAAUUACCUUAAUAUGGCAUUGGAUACUUUCAACACAGCAGUCGUUUCUCCAAUCUACUAUGCCUUGUUCACAUCUUUUACAAUAUUAGCCAGCGCAAUUAUGUUUAAGGACUAUUCUGGACAAAGUAUAAGCAGCAUUGCAUCAGAGCUAUGUGGUUUCAUCACUGUUUUAUCCGGAACAACUGUAUUGCACAGUACCAGAGUACCAGAUCCUCCAGUCAGUACAGUGCAGAUGUGUACAGUCCCUUGUCUCCAAAAGUAUCAUGGUAUAUCCAAGGCAACAGUGAACAAUGGAAACAGAAGGAAGACGAUGGACCGCCCCUUAAUUUAAUUAAGAUUAUCCAGCAAGAUCAUUUCAAGUGAUAUUGAAAUAAUGAAAUCUUAAACUGGUAGGACAAUCAAUUACAUCCAUUCAUUGAGUUAGCAGGGCCAUAUUUUCUCAUUGUCAGAGCUAUUCGGCUCAGUUACAGAAAGCAGAAAUAUGGCUGGCUUCUGUACAUUAAAAAAAAGAAAGAAAUGUAGCUGUGUUAUAGGGUUUGUCUCUGUGAGCCCAUCCGUUUGGUUUAACAAGAGGUUCAAAAGAAAUCUAUCACAUUGUGUAGCAAGACAGAGGUAGUGCUUUUUUUGUGUGAUUUUAUUCAUUGAUAUCAUAUCCAAUUAAAGCUUGGGUUCUAUCUUCUGAAACUAAGGAGGUGGUGUUUCACCCAGUUUGUAUUUGUGGUAGUAGUUGUUGUACAACCUGUUUUGUUUAGUUGUUGUAUAUUAAUUUCUAUUUUUUUACCCUUUUCCUUUCCCCAUAUGUAUUUUCUUUUUGCCCCCACCCUCUUUUUUUGUUUUGUUGAUAAGUUAACUGAAUUAUUUAAACGACCAAGAAAGCUGCACUGUAUAUGCUGGCUGAUAAUUGCAAUUUUAAAUAUUAUAGUGAA